CAGUUGUUGUACCAACUGCCACAGUUCACAUGGGAUAAACAACCCAAACGUACGGAGGAGCUGAUUUGUAUCACCUGGAUAUGCAAAGUUUGUGAAGAGCAAAGAUGACUUCUGACGCAGAGAGAGAUAGACCUGCUGGCAGUUACAGUAGCUUUGGUCCUAUCAAGGAGAAGAACAAAGUAAUAACAUGUAACUCACAACCCUUUUUAAAGCCAGAAUUUGCUCAGGGGCUGAUACAGCUUAUGAAAAAAGUCAGCAAAAUACUACUCUCAAAGCUGUCUAUUGCAAAACAUUGGGACAGAAAUCAACAGCAAUUCAACAGUAGAGCUGAUCCACAACAUGUUCCUAAUUCUGGAUGGAAAUUGAUUACCAAGACUAGAGCUGAGGUCAGACUAGACCCAUCUACCGCAAACCCGUGUCUGAAGAUAUCCCCGGACAGGAGAGGGUUGAAAAUGGACGAGAUCGUGGAGAGCAUCUACGACCCAUGGGAAGGCUUCACAAGAACCAAACACCAAUAUGACGGCUGGUGGUGCGUGUUGGGCAAAGAGGGCUUUGCUUCCGGAAAGCACUACUGGGAGGUGGAUGUCAGAGGCAAGAGGGAGUGGAGGGUGGGGGUGGUCAGGGAGUCAGCUCCCCGAAAUGGCUUUAAAAGUCUGAACCCGAAAACCUAUCACUGGACUUUGAAACUGCAGCUGGGCCGGCUCAUGGCCAUGACGGUUCCCGUCACUAAGCUAGCCAGAUGUGCCCCCGGUGUGUUGGGUGUGUUCCUUGACAUGGAGGAGGGAAAUGUGUCCUUCUACGAUGUGAGGAACAGGUUCCACAUCUACUCGUUCAAUGACAGUUUCGAUCUUGAUGAAAAGAUUUUCCCUGUGUUUGGCACCGUUGAGACGGGGAAAGAGAUGCGCAUCGUGAAAUGAAAUGAAUUGCACUGCAUUUAGCUGCAAAAAACAUGGUCCAAAGGUUAGUAUUCUAAUUAAAUGUGUGUAAAUGAU